UGUGUGAGGAGACUUUACAGUGAUUCCUGCUCCCUGUGCACACCCUGCUGUGAUGGGCCCCCAGUAAAGGUGAUGUACCCGAUGCCUAACUAGACAGUAAAAUAAUGGGCAACACAAAGACCAAGCAACCUGCUCCGCAGCAGAGGAGUAUGGCUAUGGAUAAUUAUUCAAAAAAAGUGCAGUCACCGUACCGUCCUGGCACUGCAGAUGGAAAGAAAAAGAAGAAAACUACAGUUCAGUUCAUGGAUGAAGAGAAAUCCUAUUGCCGGUUGAAUACAUGCGAUUUACGAGUGAAAAUGGUGUUGGGUUCCCAUAACCGACGUGUACUUAGCUUGUCCGAAAAUGGUCCCAGGGAGUUGGCAUCACGGCUUGUGCUUCAGCCGCUCAAACCACGACACUGCCCAGAGCCUUCCCCUGGUAGAACGGUGGUAUCUCGGAAGCCCUUGGUUCAUCACAUGUUUCUUAUAGAUAACAUUGUGCUCACGCCUGUGGAGUUAUUAAUCAUCUCGAGGACACUUUUUCAUUUACUAACAGAUAGAAUUGACCUUUUCAUAAUGGCUUUGCAGGGUGGUGCUCCAGCUCAGUAUGCCAUGGACGAGGGCUCUCAGGGUGCUCUCUGCUGCCUUGAUAAUAACCACACUCAUUUUAUCCUGGUGGAUGAUGGGACACAUGGAAAAUAUGGAGUAGAGAUUCCACUGAGGACUAAGCUGGAGAAGUUCAUCUCAGAACAAACCAUGGUGAGAGGAGGCUCUGCCAUUAAGAUCCCGAUAGUCUGUGUGGUGCUGGAGGGAGGACCUGGAACUCUUGAUACCAUAUACAACUCCAUGUGUAAUAACACCCCGUGUGUCAUCGUGGAAGGCUCAGGACGUGUUGCUGAUAUAAUCGCACAGGUAGCGCACUUCAGCCCAUCCAGAGUCACCAUAUCUCUGGUUAAGGACAAGCUUCAAAACCUUUUCCAGGACACCUACGAGAGCUUCACGGAGACCCAGAUUGUGUCCUGGACAAAGAAGAUUCAGGAUAUUGUGCGCAUGGGGUCACUUCUUACUGUCUUGCGAGAAGAGAGGGGUCACGAGGAGGGGAUGGAUGUGGCCAUUCUGCAGGCGCUCCUUAAAGCCUCACAGAGCACUGAUCGCUAUGGUCAGGAGAACUGGGAUCAUCAGCUCAAGUUGGCUGUGUCAUGGAAUCGCCCAGAUAUCGCCAAGACUCAGAUAUUCACUGAAGACUGGACAUGGAAGCCCUCAGACUUGUACCCAGUUCUGCUCGUCUCUCUGAUUGAGAACAAGCCAUCCUUUGUUCGUCUCUUCCUGGAACUGGGCGUCAGUAUCUCAGAGUUUCUGACGUGGGACACUCUUACAAUAUUGUACAACAACCUUGAGCCAUCCGGUCUAAUCCACAACAAGCUGGAGAGACAGAUCAGCCUGGAAGGGUUUUCUCGCCAUCAGCUUCAUACAGAAGUGCAACUACAUCAUGUAUCCCGUGUCCUGCAGGAGCUACUGGGGGAAUUCACUGAACCAUUUUACUCAGAGUCACGGAGGGUACAGAACAUGACUACCAUAACCAUUAAGAUUCCACGGAAGGUGGGCUCCUGGAAGAUGCGGCCACAGAGACAUUUAGAGCACCCAGUUAGAGACCUAUUGAUAUGGUGCAUCGUGCAGAACCGCGCAGAGCUGGCUGAUAUAAUAUGGAGUCAGAGUAAUGACUGCAUUGCGGCGGCUCUAGCCUGUAGUAAGAUCCUGAAACAACUCUCUAAGGAGGAAGAGAACACUGAAAACAUGGAGGAUAUGAAAAAGCUAGCUGAUAUGUAUGAAGAAAGAGCAGUUGGGGUAUUUUCAGAGUGUUGCUCGAAUGAUGAGAAACGAGCGGAGCUGCUACUUACUCGCGUGUCUCCAACUUGGGGGAAGACGACAACAUUAGAACUGGCUCAAGAGUCACAAGGCCGGAUCUUUAUGUCUCACGGUGGUGUGCAGAUGUUUCUCACUAGGACCUGGUGGGGGUUCCUCUCUGUGGACAAUGGAUUUAUAAACAUUCUCCUGUGUAUGCUGUUCUUCCCUCUUAUAUACAGCGGCCUCAUUACCUACAGAAAUGAUAUUGUCAAAUCUAAGUCUUAUCCCGAUCAGUAUGGAACACGAUCCCCGACAGGGUCCAAAAGUCACCCGGAGAAGUCUAAGCGCAAACGUCUUUUUAAAAGUCCUCCACCAUACAGCUGUGCCUGGAAGUUCCUCAUGUUUUUCACGGCUCCUAUAGUGAAGUUUUAUGGAAAUGUUGGGUCAUACCUGGGCUUCCUCUGGCUUUUCGCCUAUGUCAUAAUGAUGGAUUUCCAAACGUUCCCGUCAUGGAGAGAAUAUUUGCUGUAUGUCUGGGUCUUCUCUAUCUUCUGCGAAGAGCUCCGCCAGCUGCUGUACGACCCGGACAAGCUGGGGUUUGUGGUAAAGUCUGUCCAGUACAUCUCUGAGUUUUGGAAUCGGGUGGACUCUUCGGCCCUUAUCCUGUUUGCUGUUGGUUUAAUCUGCAGAUUGGUUCACACUAAUACAGUGUAUCUGGGGCGCGUGUUCCUGUCUCUUGACUUUAUGAUAUUUUGUAUCCGACUGAUGCAUAUAUUUAGUGUCAGCAAAGUGCUGGGGCCCAAGAUAAUUAUCCUGCGCCGGAUGGUGAAGGACAUAUUCUUCUUCCUUUUCCUUCUGGCCAUUUGGAUUAUAUCAUAUGGAGUUGCGAAGCAGGCCAUACUAACAACCAAUGAAACGCGGCUAGACUGGAUUUUCCGAAAUGUUGUAUAUGGCUCAUACUUGACCUUGUUUGGGCAGAUUCCAUCUGAAGUGGACAGAACACUACAAAUCAGGCUACUCCCACACUCACUGCAGAAAGUGCUGACAAAUGACAAAGUCAGCAAUGUUUUCCUGACUCUCAGACACAUUGCCAAUCAGACCCUUUUAUUUAAAUAUAUGGAAAGCCAGAUGGACACUGAUGCUGACAAGGCGAAAAAGACAAUUUUGUGUUGUGAUUCUAUUGUCACUUCUAUGCUCCGCCUGCUGAAAGUUGAGAAGGGAAAUGAGAGGAACCACAUAGAGGGGAGACUGGCUGUGCUUGAAGAGCAGAUGGCGCAGUCUUCUCGUUACCUCAGUUGGAUUAUCUCAGCUCUUACAGAAAAAGGCUUUAAUAGCAAAACGCGUAUACUAGCUCACACCAGCUCAUUAGACUCGGAAGACAAGGCCAAUAUUUCUUCUGUGAAUGAGAGGAACUGUCUGUAUCAUGUGAAUGCCAGGAUACUGCAAUAUCCAGAAUCCAAGAUUAUUCGAUAUCCAGUUCCAGAUGAGAUGGUACCAUGGGAGGUGGAUUUCGCGACCUAUGAUCCUCCAUUCUACAUUGCGCACCGGGAAGAUCGGGGGAGCUAUGAUCCACACUCAGAGGCUCAAACAAAAAGAGCAUAUAAUGCACUGGAUGGGCUAUUAGACCUGCAGAGCUCAUGUGGCACAUAUGUUGUACAAGACGGUCUUCCUCUGAACCCCAUGGGUCGCACAGGACUACGAGGAGUUGGGAGCCUACGUUGGUUUGGACCAAAUCACUCAUUACACCCAGUUCUGACACGGUGGUGUGCUGGCCCUUCAGGUUCAUUGGAAAAGAAGAUGUUGCAUAAGAAACUUGAGGUUCUGGUUGUGAAACGUUUUGAAAAUGAGCUUUGGGCACUGCCUGGGGGAACGUUGGGACCAGGAGAACUAAUUCCGACAAAGCUUCAGGCAAUUCUUAAACCCAGUUAUCUCACAGAGUUUCAGAGGCAUCUAGAGAAAGCAUCUGAGGUUUUCCGUGGGUAUUUGGACGACCCGAGGAAUACAGAUAAUUCCUGGAUUGAAACUGUGGCUCUUAACAUUCAUCUGGGAACCAAAGAGGAUGUGGAUAAUUUUAUAAUGAACUUAAAUGAAUCUGAUUUCUCAUUAUCUGUCCGCUGGCAACUGUUAGACAGAAAAAUCCCGCUGUACGCAAAUGAGAAGGACAUUCUCCAGAGGGCAGCAGAACAGCUUGACGCUCACUACUGAUCACAUGACUAAGAUUCCUAACAAUUUGUGCCAUGUUACCAAGUCCUAAAUAAACAGCUGAGCACCUCA